CCCUAAAUUAUUCCAAUAAUAGACUUUGCCGGGUACGAAUGACUGACUUUCAUGCUAGGACUGCUCAGUAUUUCAAUAGUGAGAAGCACAUUUGAYACGAUUGUUUUUCGCGAUACCAUAACAAUGUCGCGAUGUAAUAAAGAUAGYACGUUGAGUCCACGCAUCGAGUGAUCAACUUCCAAAAUCAACAGCAGCUGAUUGCUACGAAGGUCAUUGAUUAUUCAUUGAAGAUUUGGCCCUUGAGGARAACAACCUAGAAUGGAUUACAAGCGCGCAUUUGAUUCCAACUUGUCGCUUGUUAACAAGAAUUAAUCGUGCAAAGAUAUCGCUGUUUUGGACGGAAAUAUGYCUCAUUAAACGUUGAGCACGCAACACCCGGAUACUUCCACAGGAGGUUGAUUCCCAAGAUGUCAUUUUCCGAGGAAACCAAGAUCRUUUUCAAGAUAGUUUUUGCCAUUUUAAUAACAGUGAACAUGUUGGGAAACGGCUUGGUGUGCUGGGUUGUUCACCGAUUCAAAUCAAUGAAAACACCAAUGAACUACUUGUUAGUGAACUUAGCCGUAUGUGACAUGUUAGUUGGAAUAUUUUUCAUGCCGCGGCACUUAUUCUUUGAACAUUACCAGCACCCCGAGGGUUCGCUGGGAGAUUUCUUGUGCAAAUGUUUGACUUUUGGGAUCCUUUCGUGGCCUGCAUCGUGUGCCAGUGUGUACACCCUUAUCGCUAUAGCGUGGGAACGGUAUAACGCCAUUAUGAAACCCCAUUCGGUGAGAUUUUCUAUUAAAAAGAUUAAGAUAGCCGUGGUGCUCUGUUGGGUGCUGGCGUUCCUGAUAAGCCUACUGGAUCUAAUAGUUGUAAAAUACGAUCCUUCCAUCAAGUCAUGUGACUAUAARUGGAUGGCGCCGUGGGCCGUCAAAUUAGAUGCUGCCAUUUGGUUGUUCGCAGUGGGGUGUCUACCAUGUCUAAUUAUGCUAGCCUUGUACGGUGGAGUCAUCCGAACACUUUGGUGCUCUAAGCAUAAAAUCACUGAUGUUUCCCAGAGAUCAUUGCAUAAGUCACGCAARAGAGUCACGAAAGCUGCCGUGACUGUCACGGUGAUUUUAUUUGUGUGUUGGAUGCYGAAUCUUUUGUAUUAUUUUAUUACUUCUUACACGCCACAGACUCCGUCCACUAACGAGACCCUGACUACAGUAGCGCCGGUGUUCUACAAGAUCAGUCAUGUGCUCCUGCUUCUAAAUUCAAGCGUCAACCCAUUUGUAUACGCUGUACAAGACUCUAGGUUCAGGAGAUGUAUGAGUAAGCUGCUGUGCCGAUGGAGGAAUACAAGAAGACCAAGUCUUCCAGCAGACAAGAGCACAACACAAGGUGAAGCCCUUUAGAAUACCUCAGGCUUAUUUAUAGGUGCUGCAUGUACGGGAAACCAGGAGACUGAGAUGCUAAGUAAGCAACUUUACCAAUGGAAGAAUAGAUGAUUUCAUGCAUAUGUGUUAGUGUGCAGGACGCCAUGUUCCGGAGUGAGAUGCAUGAAUAAGCAACUGUUACCGCGCUGCUUCGCACCCAGUGGUGCAUAAGGCCUUAGUAAGGUGCAUAAGUAAGCAACUGUACCAAUGGAGUAAUACCAAACAAGUACAGAGAAACAAGACAAGCUGAUGGUCUUUAGAUGAUUUCAAUCAUAGGUGUUGUACAGGACGCCAUGUCCAGGACUGAGAUACACGAGUAAGCAAAUGUACCAAGACAGGAAUGCCAACUACAUAUCAAAGAACUGUAUGUCAUUCGUGCGGGAUCCCUGUGCAUUUUAGUUUUGCUCUUCCUUUAGCAAAUCCAUGCCAUAUAUGGAAACAAACAAAAUGGCCGAUUGUUCAGGAGUGUUUUCGCAAUUUUAAGCUUUAAAAAAAUUCGAUUAAAAAAAACACUUCUUACGUACUUCCAAAUAAGUUGAAAUUACCAAAAUAUGGUUGCCAAAUGAAGGACAACUUUUCUGAGGCAAUUUCCAUGAUACACAAAAUCUUUCGGAAGAAAACAGCACAUUAGAUUUCCUACUUAGAUCACCUACUUAGAUUACCUUAUUAUAUCGUCUGAAAUGUUAUUUAUGGAUCUGGUGACGACUUCGCGAAAAAAUAGACAUCGGCAUACCAGAUUAACAACAAAAUUGAGAGAUCAUAAUUAUAUCAUAUAUAUUAAUAAAAUUAUACCAAUUGACUACAAUAUGAGGUUACAUAUAGAUAAUUGUUAAAUACAGAUAUAUAUGCACUUUAUAUCAUUACGAUUUUUCCUACAAAAAUCUCGUUUCAAACAAGUA